AUGGGCUCCCAUGAGUCCCGUAGUUCAACAACCAAACGUUCAAGGAGUAUCGAAGACGGUGAACAAGAGAAAGAGGAAGAGGAAGAUUAUAUGACUAUGGUGUUACCCAACGAGAACUCGGUAAGGGAAGCCCCAGAGCCAAGAGUCAAACUGCGAAAAGUGGACACCAAGCAAGAGGAAGCAUCUGAAAUUCUUCCAAGAGGCUUUGCUAUGAUGACCAAAAUGGGUUUCAGCCUGGGUGAGGGUCUUGGUCGAGAUACUAAAAAUGCUAUAAAAGAUCCUAUAUGGGUUUCCCGACAUUCCAGUCCAAUUGGAACUAAAACAUUGCAAGAACCUCCUUCUCCGAUUCGAAAAGAAGAAGAUGUCCAUGAAGAAAGCUACCAGAAGUGGGUUCAAGAAAAAGGUCAGCAUACGGCUGAAAUGCGCACACUACAUGCAAUGCAGAAAAAAGCGUUUGAAUUAAGUGGUGACGUGGACCUUUACAGCUCCAAAAGCGAUCCGCGAGACUUCAACUGUCUUUGGAGGCGGUACGUUAUAGGCUUGCAACAAAAACUGCGGCCCAGGAAACAAACUGAAGAUGUGGAACAGCAGACAGAAGUUGUUGACUCUCCAGAAAAAGACGACAGGGACGAUGAACUAAGUAUGUUCGAAGAGCUAACUCCUCUACAGCAAAUUCGGGGCGUGCAUGUACACAUGAGAACCGAGUUUUUCUAUUGUUUUUAUUGCGGAGCCCAGUUCGCAACAGAAGAAGAGCUACUCCAGAAAUGUCCAGGACCAGUAAAAGAAGAUCACUACUGA